GGGGCCGGCGGGGCGAGCGGCCCGGCUCAGAGCCGCCGCGCCACCGGGAGAGGAAGGGGCCGCCGGCCGAGCCCGCCCUCCACUCGCCCACAGCGGCGGCCGGGCGGCGGGGACGCGAGCGGAGGGCGCCGGGAGAGGCCCGGCCGACACGAGUACGGGAGGCUGCGGGUCAUGGCGCCCCGGGCCCUCGCCGCCCGCCGCCCCCGCCCGCCCGGGCGCCCCCGAGCUGCGCCUCGGAGCCCACGGAGCCUCGGCGCGCCAGGAGGCGACUUGGAGCUCCUCUCGGUGCUGACAUGAUGACAGUGUGCAGGCCAGCCAAGGGCAGCCACAGCCAGACUGAAAACCUGGGCCACAAACUGGCUGACAAGGUCAAGGUGGAAGGUCCAAAGGCUGGGGAAGACCCUCAAAGGCAGCCGUUUAGGUCCUCCAUUCCUUUCCUAGAGACUGAUCAGGACUCACCCUUCCGAAGAAGCCCGCUGGAGAGCCUCUAUAACCUGAUGCUAGAGCCAAGAGUGGACUGUUUUCAGCAGAACAUGUUCAGCUCAAAUAUGAUCAUCAGCGACCCAGCUUCAGAUCUCGGCACUAAAGGAGCCAGCAGGGCCGGCAAGAGGCAGCUAAGCAGUGUUCAGAACCCCUGCCCUCCCGCCCGAGGCGGGGCCUGGCACAAGUCCCUCAGCAUAAAGGACAAGAUAUCAGAAUGGGAAGGGAAAAAGGAGUUGCCCACUCCUGCCCCUGGCAGGAAAGCAGAUGGGCAAGAGGAUUACCUGACGUCAUGUGUGAUGGAGAGGAGAAGCAGCGAUGGUUCGAGGACUCGGGUCACAGAGGCUCAGAACGGAACAAGGCUGGACGCAGAGAGUAGAGAGGAUGAGAGGAAUAAAGGGGUAGUGAAAGUUGGGGCACAGGAUGCAGAGCAGAGGCAAGACCUGAGCCAGCCAGCCCGGGAGCUGGCUCCUAGCUUGGGAAGAGGCCGGGAGCCCAGGCUUGGCAAACAGCGCUUUCAGAAUGAUAGCCUGUCUGUGCUGAAGCAGGUGGAGAAACUUGAGCAGGCUCUGAAGGAUGGGUCUGCAGGGUUGGAUCCCCAGCUACCUGGCACCUGUUAUUCCCCACACUGCCUGCCGGACAAGGCCGAGGAGGGGCCCACCCUUCCUGAGAACCGUGGGGGCGCGAGUGUCUCAGAAUUCAGGGCCCACCGCUUGGACCUGGAAGGCAGGGAGCCCGCCCCUGAGGCCACAGAGGAAAGGAAGGGCUUGUGCGGGAGGCCCUGUGACCAGAGGCUGGAGAGUGUGUACAGGGGCUCGGAGGACUCCCCCACAAGACCCUUCAUCAACCCCCCGCCCAAACCCCGGAGAACUUUCAAACAUGAUGGCGAAGGGGACAAGGAUGGGAACCCAGGCAUCAGCUUCCGGAAAGAUAAAAGGAACCUGCCUCCUCUGCCCUCUCUACCGGCCCCGCCCCUGCCCUCCUCUCCCCCGCCUUCCUCUGUGAACAGGAGACUGUGGAGCGGGAGACCGAAGGCCAGUGCUGACCACAGAAAGUCCUAUGAGUUUGAAGACUUACUGCAGUCUUCCUCUGAGAACAGCAGGGUGGACUGGUACGCACAGACUAAGCUGGGGCUCACACGCACUUUAUCGGAGGAGAACGUCUAUGAGGACAUUCUAGAUCCACCAAUGAAGGAAAAUCCUUAUGAGGACGUUGAGUUACAUGGUCGAUGCCUCGGGAAGAAGUGUGUCUUGAAUUUUCCAGGUUCUCCCACCUCUUCCAUCCCUGACACACCCACCAAGCAGUCCUUGUCCAAACCUGCUUUUUUCCGGCAAAAUUCAGAAAGGAGGAACUUCAAACUGCUGGACACUAGGAAGCUGAGUCGGGAUGGCACUGGGUCCCCUUCUAAAAUCAGCCCUCCCUCCACCCCCAGCAGCCCUGAUGACACUUUCUUUAACCUCGGAGACCCACAGAACGGCAGGAAGAAGAGAAAGAUACCCAAGCUGGUGUUGCGAAUCAAUGCCAUUUAUGAGGCCCGGAGAGGAAAGAAACGGGUGAAGAGGCUGUCCCAGUCCACGGAGAGCAACUCAGGAAAAGUGACAGAUGAGAACAGUGAGUCUGACAGUGACACCGAGGAGAAGCUGAAAGCCCACAGCCAGCGCCUGGUCAAUGUGAAGUCACGCCUGAAGCAGGCUCCAAGAUACCCAUCACUGGACCGGGAGCUCGUCGAGUACCAGGAGAGGCAGCUCUUCGAGUACUUUGUGGUCGUGUCUUUGCACAAGAAGCAGGCCGGCGCUGCCUAUGUGCCCGAACUCACCCAGCAGUUCCCUCUGAAGUUGGAAAGGUCUUUCAAGUUCAUGAGAGAAGCUGAGGACCAGCUGAAGGCUAUCCCCCAAUUCUGUUUCCCUGACGCCAAGGACUGGACUCCUGUCCAGCAGUUUACCAGUGAAACAUUCUCGUUUGUCUUAACUGGAGAAGAUGGGAGCAGGAGGUUCGGUUAUUGCCGAAGACUGCUGCCUGGUGGCAAAGGAAAGCGUCUCCCUGAAGUUUACUGCAUCGUGAGCCGCCUGGGAUGCUUCAGCCUCUUUUCGAAGAUCUUGGAUGAGGUGGAAAAACGACGAGGCAUCUCUCCCGCCCUGGUCCAGCCUCUCAUGAGGAGCGUCAUGGAAGCCCCUUUCCCAGCCCUGGGCAAAACCAUUGUUGUCAAGAACUUCUUGCCAGGAUCAGGAACUGAGGUGAUUGAACUGUGCCGCCCUCUGGACUCCCGGCUCGAACACGUGGACUUUGAGUCUCUCUUUUCCUGUCUCAGCGUCCGACACCUGCUCUGUGUUUUUGCCUCCCUGCUUCUGGAAAGGAGGGUCAUCUUCAUCGCAGACAAACUCAGCACCCUGUCCACGUGCUGCCACGCGAUGGUGGCGGUCAUCUACCCCUUCACCUGGCAGCACACCUACAUCCCUGUGCUGCCACCUGCCAUGAUCGACAUCGUGUGCUCGCCAACCCCCUUCCUCAUUGGGCUGCUCACCAGCUCGCUGCCGCUGCUCAGGGAGCUGCCGCUGGAAGAGGUCCUUGUGGUCGAUCUUGUCAACAAUCGGUUCCUCAGACAGAUGGAUGACGAGGAUUCCAUUCUGCCCCGGAAGCUUCAGGUAGCCCUGGAACACAUUCUGGAACAGAGGAAUGACCUGGCUAGUGACCAGGAUGACAGGUCCCCAGACUGCAAGCGUGGCCCCAAGUCCAGCCCCUUGAACGAAGUGGUAUCCGAAGCCUUUGUCCGCUUCUUCGUGGAGAUCGUGGGCCACUACUCGUUGUUCCUGACGGCGGGCGAGCGAGAGGAGAGGACCCUGCAGCGAGAGGCCUUCCGCAAAGCCGUCUCCUCCAAGAGCCUCCGCCGGUUCCUGGAGGUCUUCAUGGAGACCCAGACGUUCCGGGGCUUCAUCCAGGAGCGGGAGCGGCGCCGGCAGGAUGCCAAAGGUCUUUUUGAGGUCCGAGCCCAAGAGUACCUGGAAACACUCCCCAGUGGAGAACACAGUGGUGUCAACAAGUUCCUGAAGGGACUAGGCAAUAAAAUGAAGUUUCUCCACAAGAAAUAGCCCUCAAUCCAGCCUCCAGGGAGAACUUUUCCUAGGGCAACCGCGUGUCUUAAAAACAGUCCUGGUGGUCUUUCUGAAAUGUUGGGUCCUUGGUUGUCCCAGGGGCUGGGAUAAAGGCCGGGAUGGUUUCCGGCCACCACUGGGCUCUCCCCAGGACCCGGGACCCCCCGAGCCACCGGAAGGUGCCGCUUCUUUAGAACAGCACUGGAAAUGGGACCUGAGACCAGGCACAUUCAAACGGAUUGUUUUGGUUGUUGGUUUUGGGUUUUUUAAAUUUUUUUUAUCUUAGAUAUUAAAAAGAAAAAAAGAAAAGUGUUUGGGUUUUCCUUUUAUUAUGCCAAGGCUAAGACAACUGUCCUGCCCUGUGUCACCUCUCCCUGGUUCAUCCUGCUUGGCAGUUGUGCUCUGGAGCCAAGAGGAGGAGAUGGGAAGGGGCGGCCCCCAGGUGCUCCUCUGGGCAGAAC